CUUGUAAAUACACAUCGCUCUCACUCUCUCUUUCAUGGAUAUUUGGAAGACAGGAAUCUAAGGCACCAAAACCGAGCUGGAAUCCACAGGAAAAUCAAAUGGCAUGAAAAACCCACAACAAUGACUGUUUAUUAUCCAUGUGGUGGCAAACUCUGGACAGUGAGUAAUCCAUUCAUUAUCAAGUCUGAUUGAGAGUAAACGUGUGUGCAGCAGUGACUCCUUAACCCUGCUGACAGCAAACUACAAAGAAGGAAAAUGAUGAAUCCGGACAAUUUAACCUCCUUAAGCUUCCUCUCAGCAAUUCAUAGCAACGCUAGCAAUUUAUUCUCAGGGCUCCAGUUUGUUCAGUCUUUCAAGCCACUUAUCAUCCCAUGCUACUCCCUGGUGGUUUUUGUUGGCAUCAUUGGGAAUUAUCUCCUCAUUUAUGUCAUCUGCAAGACGAAAAAAAUGCACAAUGUCACCAACUUCCUGGUAGGCAACCUGGCUUUCUCAGACAUGCUUAUGUGUGCAACUUGCGUGCCCCUGACUCUGGCAUAUGCCUUUGAGCCCCGGGGAUGGGUUUAUGGACGCUUCAUGUGUUAUUUUGUGUUCUUAAUGCAACCGGUUACUGUGUUUGUGUCUGUCUUCACCUUGACUGUCAUAGCUGUGGACAGAUACUAUGCCAUGGUGUAUCCUCUCCGGAGGAGACUCACUAUAUCAAUCUGUGCUUAUAUUCUGGCUGCGAUUUGGCUGCUGAGUUGCAUCUUGGCUGCCCCAGCCUUGGUCCACACCUAUCAUGCUGAGUUCCCAGAACUGGACUUCUCCAUCUGUGAAGAAUUUUGGUUCCAUAUGAAGAGGGACCACUUAACAUAUGCCUACAGCACUCUCAUCAUCACAUAUGUACUGCCUUUAACAGUCAUCUCCUUGUCCUAUCUGCGGAUCUCUGUCAAACUGAAAAAUCGAGUGGUUCCGGGAAACAUCACCCAGGGCCAAGCUGAGUGGGACAGGGCUAGGAGGAGGAAAACCUUUCGCUUGCUGGUCCUGGUGGUGGCUGCCUUUGGAGUCUGCUGGCUCCCUCUGCACAUUUUUAAUGUGAUAAAAGACAUGGAUAUUAACCUAAUAGAUAAACAGUAUUUCAACCUCAUCCAGCUGCUGUGCCACUGGUUUGCUAUGAUGUCUGCCUGCACCAAUGCCUUCCUUUAUGCCUGGCUACAUGACAGCUUCAGAGGGGAAUUGAAGAAGAUGUUUGCCUGGAGGAAGAAGAAGAUUGGACCAGCCACUAACUGCAUUAUGGCCAGUGUGAUGCUAUAA